AUGGAUAAUGUGCUCCCUGCAAAACAGAAAGUCAACUCCCCACCCAUGGUUAUCAAUGGAAAGGUUGUACUUGUUCAGAAAGAUCCCAGCAUCGAAAACGUAUCGAUGAAAUUUCAUAUGCUAAAUAAAAAGCUGAAAGAUCCACAAUGUGUUUUCUGGGAUUUCGACCUCUUUGAUGGUGUCGGAGGAUGGAGCAACCAGGGUUGUUCUGUGCAAUCCCAAAACAACGAAACCAUCAGCUGCAUCUGCAACCACACAACCUCCUUCUCAAUCCUGAUGUCCUCUGAUAAUUUUAAAGACUCUGAAAUGGAGGACAUAACAUUCAUUGGGGUUGGCAUAUCCAUAGGUUCUUUGGUUAUAUGUCUUCUAACUGAAGCUCUCGUAUGGAAAAAAAUAAGUACCAACACAACCGCAUUUCUUCGUCACGUUUUCAUCGUUAACAUCGCAGUUUCUCUCCUGAUAGCAAACAUUUGGUUCAUCAUAGGAGCAUCUUUUACAGACCCAGAGAAUAAAAACCCUCCUGCAUGUGCAGCAGCUACCUUCUUUAUCCAUUUUUUCUACCUUGCCAUGUUCUUCUGGAUGUUAGCCACAGGUCUGCUGUUGCUCUAUCGUACUGUCCUGGUCUUUGAGGGGGGGUUUUCUAAAACGUCUAUGCUGGUUAUGGGAUUCAUUUUGGGAUAUGGUGCACCCUUAAUCAUUGCAGUAACAACCAUGGCUGUAACUGCCCCCUUAAAUAAAUACAUAAGAGGAAAUCAUGUCUGUUGGCUGAACUGGGAUGAUUCAAAAGCCCUGUUGGCGUUUCUGGUCCCUGCACUUCUUAUCGUAGCCAUAAACUUCAUCAUCCUGCUUGUAGUGAUAUUCAAAAUGUUAAGAAGAAGAUCAGAGAAGAAUGCAGGGCAAGCAGGAGAGCAGCAUGUUCUGGUGGUGAUUGCCAGGAGUUUGGCUGUGCUCACACCAUUUUUUGGACUGACCUGGAGUUUGGGAAUCGGGACCAUAAUUGCACCGACAAACAGGGAGAUUCAUUUUGCUUUUGCACUGUGCAACUCACUACAGGGUUGCUUCAUCUGGGUGUUUGGAACACUGCUGGACAAAAAGGUGCGGUCAGAAACGAUAAAUUCUCUGAGCUCCCAGGAAAAGUUUAUAGCCGGUUGGUGAUUCACAAUGCUGCAAGUUUCCGCUUGGGAUACAAAAGCCUCUGAGUGAGAAGACUAGUUACCCCAUUCUCAGCAAACUUUACCACUCGUUUUCCCGACAUACUAUUUGAUAAUGUUGUCUUCUGAGAAUAUGUUAAUUGUACCUUAUCCAAAUUUAAUUCUAGAUAUUUAGAGUCGCCUUACCUUUAGUCUGGUAACUGUAACUUACAUGUAGAUUUUAAGGUGUUUUUCUAACUUUUUCUUCUCAUGUUAUCAAACUAUUGUUAUGAAAUCAAACAUGUGAAAAUUUGAAAGACUAAUUUUAUUUCAGCCUUUCGCUGACACUUCACAUGAAAUACACAAGCAAUAUUCUGGAGCGGAGGCACAGGGUUAGUGCUCUAUCUGCUGUGCUUAGACUCCCCAGGUGCAUGCUCUAAAAAAACUUCUUAUACAUGUCAAAAUAAAGACGAGAAAGUCAACACAUCCCUGAGACUAUUUAUUGGGGUCAUAGGACAAUUCAGUGCUAACUGGAGCCUUCUGCAACCUGUAUUCACCAACAGUGGAAGAGAGAUUUCCAAGGAGAGGUCAAUAUGAGAGUGCCAUGUAACAAGAC